AUGUCUACUGCUGCGUACCCCCCCGGUGGCACUAUUGUCCAGUCCCUCAAGCGAUCUUUCGCCGACGUCCCUGUCGAUGAGGCCAACGGCGAGGCUGUCUCUACCACCGAGUUCCUUGAGGCUUCCGAGUCCCUGACCACCAUCUUCGACGCCAUUGGUGGUGUUGCUUUCGGUCCCGUCAAGAAGGAUAUCCUUGGCAACGUCGAGAAGCUCCGUGCCCGCCAGGCUGCCGCUCCUGCUGAGUCCGGCACUGUCCAGGACCUCGUCCGCAAUGAGCUCAAGACCGGCAAGCACACUGCCACCGAGGGUUGCCUCUGGCUCGUCCGAGGCCUUGACUUCACCUGCCAGGGUCUUGAGAACAACGUCGCCAAGCAGGAGGAGGAGCUUGCUGACUCUUUCCGCGCUGCCUACGGCAACACCCUGAAGCCCCACCACGGCUUCAUGGUCAAGCCCAUCUUCAGCGCCGCUAUGUCCGCUGUUCCCUACCGAAAGGACUUCUACGCCAAGCUCGGCGAGAACCCUGACCAGGUUCAGGAAGAGCUCAAGGCCUACCUUGCUUCUUUCACGAAGGUCGUCAGCAUCCUUCGCAAGUUUAUUAAUGGCCCUGAGGCUAAGUGGUAA